AUGCGGACGCUACUGGAGAGCAGCUGGAUGAAGUUUGGGCCAGCCGGCAGAGGGUCGUAUGACUGGGUGACUGGGUCCCCAUCGCCCCCCAUUUUGGAAAAACAGCUUACGGGCUACUGGAACGAGUUGAACCCCGGUGAGGAGAGCAGGUCUGAGCUGCUUCUCUACAUUUUUCUCCCCGUGGUCUCUGUCCUCAUCCUGGGCCUCUUGGGCCUCCUGGCUUACCGGAGGUGCUCCCAGAACAAGCUGAGCCUGGCCAGCAUCCUCGCUCUCGACUUGCAGGACGCCGAAAGCAGCGCCGAGUUCCUCUCCUCGCUCACAGGGAACGUGGAGCGCCACACCAGCAUGAGUUCCGACAUGUCCGACGGCGUGUUUCUUAUGGUCUAUUUGCCGCCACCCUAUGAGGAGACGCUCACCAAGAUCACGCGCGCUGCGAGUUUGACCAGCUCCAAGGACGUGGAGUCCAUCAAGAUCGAAGAUCUGGAGGCCAAACUUUGUCCGGAGAUCAAAUCCAGUGGUCGUUAUGUGUGA